AUGUUAGUGUGUUCUCCGUCGGCCAAGGAAGACGCAAUGAGAUUGAAACGAAGCAUCCGGACUUCUCACGAAGACAGAUUUCUCUUACAGAACCAACUAAACCAACAGAACGAAGAUAAAGUCAGCAGUUUAAGGACUCGAUCUGGCUAUAGAGUCUCUCCCAGUGGAAUCAGAAUACAACAGGGAUGGCAUUUCUUCCAGAAUCACAAUCAACAGUCGAGCCCGUCACCCACAAAAACAUCCCAAUGUGGCUACAAUCCAAAUUUAGCAUCGCCCUUGGAAGAUAUGAGCGAUCAGGCCAUGUCUUUGUCAUCUCCAGAAGAUAUAUCCAAGAACGGAACUACUGAAGACGAUAGCUUAUCCGAUCUGGAAUAUACAGAAACUAGCCCUUUGCUAACUGGAAGGAACUUGAAGAAAAGUUUAGAAGAGGAGGACGACUUCGAAGAUUUAAGCGAAGAUUAUAACAACAAUAACAACAAUCAUUGCAACGCUAGCAGCCCCGAAGUUGAUCCCGAAGACAUCGAUAGUGAAGAUUCUUUGUUCUCCGAUUCCUCAGAUAUGUCAGAUCAAGCCGGAAAGGAUUGCUACGUUCUGGAGAAUACUUACAAUAAUAAUAACUUUUUGGAAAAUAAUACUAGGGACCAAUUAUACAUCGGAGACGAGAAGCAAUACGCAGAUACUCAAUUGGAUAGGAGGAGUUCGGAUGAGAAAGCGAAUCCCACUUUGGUCUUCUGCAAUUCCUCGUCAGAGUCUCCGAAACUGACGGAAGGCCUUCAGAAAGGUAAUAAUCUUCCGGAUGUGUUGCCCCUCGACGCUACAAAGUCUCCGAGUUCGGGUAGUGGGCCAGAUACUAACGAUGUUAGUCCCAUGAGUGAUAUUAGUUGUUCUUCGGAUUUAGACGUGAACAUAGCUUCCAACCAAGCAUUCAACAAUUUCUCGAUACCUCUGAGUAAGCAUAAUGAUAUUCAGUGCCUCGUUCAGGACACUGUUCAGCAAGAAAAGAUAAACAUUCGAGAAUUUAAUUCCGAACAGUUUUCGACUUCUUUCGAGGAAUCGAAAAUUUUGAACACUGUGGAAUCUCUGCCGCGUAACAUGACCAAAGAAUAUCAGCAUCAGUUAAGGAACCGUAGCGGAUGGAAUCACGGAGAAGAUUGGCAAAAAUCGCAGAACGUACACGAAGCGGAGGAAAAAUCUAUCACACCGAAUAAAGAAGAAAAUACUCAGGAUAAUAGGGAACAAGAAUUUACAGAACGGUGUGAACAGCGGGCGGAGGAUUUAUUAAAAAUCCUACAGGAUUCACCCGCUAACAUGGUUCGUUGCCCCGAAAGGAUCAACGAUUCUCAGAGGAAUGGACUUCCUGUAGAUUUAUUAACCGGGACUUUAGAUGCCAACGGAGCUUGUGUGCCUCCUCCCUAUUUCGGUGACGAAAAUCAUAACUGUGACGUCAUCACUUCCUCCUUAACACCCGAAGAUAAUAACGCUGUCGAAUUAACGCCUNACUUUUGUUAA